CGCUGGAUCAUCUGGCGCGCGGUCUUUGGCCGUGGCCAAUUGCACAUUUUCUAUUUCAUGGAGGGAUUGCAUCGUAAAUGGUGGUUGGCGGUCAUCCAACGGCCAGGGAGACGUUCUCCAGAGUUAGUAGAAAGGCGCGGUGGAUGCGCAUGAGCCUCUUGUUUUAGUCUCAGCGAAGCGUGUGGUUUUGGUGCAAAGCAACGCAGAUAUUUGCCCUGCGCUUCAAGGGUUUGAGCGAGGAAAGAAGGCGCGGCCGCGCAGCGCCUACAUUCUUUUCUCUCGAUCGCGAUCGAUCUUGUCCAGGUUCGAAAUUUUGCGGUGACUGGCGGAAUGAUCUUCUGGAAGAAAUGGAGGCGGCGCUGGAAUUCCUGCUCGGUUGAGGUAUCGCCAAUAGCGGUAUGAGUUUCGUGAGGAGAGGCUCUCAUUUGGUUUAUGGAGGUGUCCAAUGGAGCAAUCGGGCAGAGAGGAGGCGGUGGAGGAACGCUGCUUUGCAUUCCCAGCGACACGCUCGCAGAUGAUAAACGGCUGAAGAAACGUUCGCGCAGGCUGCUCGUCUCGGAUAGCACUGGCGAGUCCCACAACAAUGCGAAGCGAUCGGCAGCAAUGUACUCCACAGCUUUCAACUUCAAGCUCUCGGGGACCACGAAAACUUAUCCCGGGACCAGCACUACCAACAGCUCUUUGGACCGGUCAGUGGAUUCAUCGGGAAUGCCGGAGCCGGAGCCGUGUGAUCAGUCCAAGCACGAAACGUGGGAGUUUGAGACGCUGGUCCCGUUUAGCUGCGAAACGCCAUCGCUGCUGUCGUCGGACGUGAUCUCCACGAUCGACUACGAUGAAACCGGACAGCUGAUAGCUACUGGUGGGCUGGCAAGGAAGAUCAGGAUUUGCUCGUACCAGGAGCUAGUGAACGGGAUGGGAAGGGAGUGUUUCCAGGGACGCAACGUGAAAAACCUCUUCACCACCAUUUGCAUGCCGGCAAAGCUAAGCAGUCUCAAGUGGAGGCCGGGGAGCUCCGAGGUGAUCGCUUGCGGUGACUACGAUGGCUCGGUCACGGAGUGGGACGUAGAGCACGGGGUCACGGUGAGUGAAAGAUACGAGCACACGGGACGAACAGUGUGGAGCAUCGACUACUGCAGAGACUUCCGGGGCCUGCUAGCGUCGGCGUCGAGCGACAGCACCGUGAGGUUUUGGAGCAGGAAUGUGGAGCGGAGCGUUGGGAUCAUCAAGUCCCUUAAGCGGAACUCGAUGUGCUGCGUGGAGUUCGGCCGCUCCUCCGGUCCCUGCUGCUACGUUGCCGUGGCCUGCGCCGACGCGAGUGUGUAUCUGUAUGAUAUGCGGAGCCUGGGGAGCCCAGUCGCGAACCUGCGGGGCCACGAGAGGUCCGUGAGCUACGUGAGAUGGCUGGGCGAGAACAGCUUGGUGUCCUCGUCUCCAGACGGCACGAUUCGACUGUGGGAUAUCGCCUCGACACUAACUGGUACCGGCGAGAGUUGGCACGCUCGGAACGACGAGCUGCCGAUCGCGAGAACCUUUGGCUGUCACUCCAACACCAGGAACUUUGUUGGACUGUCUGUUGCGAGCUCCGGCGGCGGCUCCGGCGGGCUCAUCGCGUCCGGGUCCGAGAACAACGAAGUCUUUGUGUACAGCUCUUCCGUCUCGGAGAGACCCGUCUUCCGGCACAAGUUCAACGAUGCGGUCGUGCUGGAUGAUAAGGCCUUCGUGGGGUCGGUUUGCUGGACCAAGCAAGAAGAUCACUUGUCCUUGAUCUCGGCAAACUCCGAGGGCAUUGUGCAGGUUAUACGGGCCACAACAACAAAAACAGCGCGACAUACAUGACACACGGACGCUGCUGAGGUUGGGCUUUUCUUUUCACAAUUUCUUACACUGAAUAACAGGACGAGAGAGUUCCCUUUUUCCCAUUGGAAGAAAGAUGGUGGACACAACUAGACACACAGGUAUCACAUUUUACACAUGGAAUAACAGGAGUGGCUAUUUCAUACGUAGCACAGACACACAAGACAGCCAGCCUCAAGGGAGAAGAAAAAUCGACUUGGAACCGAACCUCGCGAGUUAAAUAAGUAAAAGAGCACAGCACUCAAAACAAA